AACACACAAAGUAGGUUUCAGUUGAAAGAAAACGUUCAAACCGUUCGGUUAAACACUUAACAAACGAUUCUUAGGCAACAUGAGUCAGGGAUAUACACCAGCGCAGACCUACCAGCCCGGAGGACCAGUAAUUAUACAGACAACAACCACAUCGAAUGUGGUGCCCAUCGGGAGUCAUCCAUCGCAGGUUCAGUGCCCCUCCUGUCAUGCCAAUAUCCUGACCACUGUGAAGCGUCAGCCCACAGGACGUACACAUUGCUUUGCCUUGAUCUUGUGCCUAUUCCUAUGCUGGCCCUGUGUUUGUGUGCCCUACUGCAUUGACUCGUGUCAGAAUGCCGAACACUCCUGCCCCAAUUGCGGAGCUUACAUUGGCACAUACGAAAGCUAGCCCAACAACCCUCUAUAACUAGAAAUUGUUUAUUUUCGAUUAGCUAACUUAGACUAAAAAUAAAACAAUAUGUGUCAUAAGAUAUAUAGUAAAGUGAUAUGGUACCUGUAUAAAACCAAAGACUACAAAAAAAAUGUUUCUGAAAAUUAAAAUAUAUAAAUAUUUUAUCGAA